CGAUCAAAACUCCAUCACAUAUUAUAUAUAUUACAGAUAUCAAUCACCGUAUAGGUAGCCGAAUUGAAAGUCGCAAAUAUAAGUAAACUAGAGAUCGAUCGAUGAUGGCAAACCAAAACCUGGCGAUUGUGGUUCUCAUUGUCAGCUACUUGGUGGUACUGAUGUGCGGUGCCGGCGAAUGUUCUGCGCAGGAUUGCGUCCCCAACGGCGACUCAGCGACGCUCCUGGCGCACGACGCCAUUGCAAUGAGCAUCGAAGAAACCAAGGUGGUGAAGCGGUUCGUGAACAGGAUGGUGAGGCUGAGAAGUCUCCAGCAGCUGUCGGAGAACGCGUCAGGGCUAGGGUAUUGCUCGGACGGCGUGGCCCAGCAUCUGGGUAAGUUGACGGGGAGUCUCUACAGGCUGAAGCACCUGCAAAAGGCGGCUACCCUCAUGGCCAGUUCGCCGCCGCUGAAGGGCCACAUAGACGGCGCCAUGGUUUCCGUUGAGGCGUGUCGCAUUGCUAUUGGAGAUGUGGAUACCGCUUUCGCUGAUAUUCUCACCAGGAAACUCAAUGACCUCUCCUUCAUGCUUGAAGACGUCCAAUUUCGUGUUUCUCAGCUCAGUGCGGUUCAGUAUAAUUAUGAGCCAAUGAGGCACCCACAAAUCCUUCAUUGAGAUAAUCUAAUUAAGGAUAUCGUUAGUUCCGGUUGAUAAAAAGGUUUAAUUAAUUAUUAUUAUUAUAAAUGCCAUAUAUAAAUACUCCUCUUCUCCCAAUAUAUAAAUACUCCUUAAUUAUGUAUGUGAUGAAGAUCAGAGCACUAUUAAAUUGUAUUUCUCAUUUCUGAUUAUUAGACUAUCAAUGUUAUCUUUCCAAGUUACCAA